AUGUUUAAUAAAUUAAGGAAUUCAUUUCCAUUUAGAUCUGGACCUAAUUUUUUGUUGUGUUUUUUAGGAUUUUCAGGUGUGGGUUAUUUUGGUACAAGUUAUUUGCAUAAAUAAAAAUAUGAUCAUCCAAUAGUAUAGGAAGCAUUAAGAAUAUUGUAACAUAAUGAAUAAAUAAUAUAAUUGGCAGGAUAUCCAUUAUCACUUUAAAUAAAUAUGGGUAGUAAUGCAACACAAAGUGAAGAUGUGUGUUAAUAUUCUUUUUAAGUAGUUGGUCCAAAAGGAGCAGCAAAAGUAGAAUUGAUGGGAUAAUCAAGAGAAUUGUAAGAAAUAUAAAAUAAAACUUAAUAUUAUAUUCCAUCUACUAAAUUAAUGACAGAUGUGAUGAAAUAUAAUAAAGAUGUAGAAGCAUUAUAAAAUUGGAAAUUAACACCAGAUAUAAAAUUGUGGAAGAUUGAUCAUCUUGUUGCUGAUAUUGGAUUAUAAGGAGAUUUUAGAAUAGUUCUAAUAGAUUCAAAUUAAGUUUUAAAGAAAGAUAUGUCUCAAAUAAUGACUCCACCUUUAGUAACUGAUCGUAGAACUCUUUAUGAUUUGAAAUUAGAAAUAGAUGCUCGUAAACCUAAAGUACCAACAACUGAAUAAGAAAUUGAAGAAGCUAGAAGAUAUAGACAAUAAGAAUUAUAUAGAAAGGUUGGAGGUGUUAGAAAUAUCACACUUAUUAGUACUAUUAUUGGAGCUAUGGCUAUAUAUAAUUAUGUUAAAACUAAUAGAGUAUAUUUAUUAAUUAUUUAUUUUUAGAGAAUAAGUGUACUCAAUACUUAAAUUCAUAGACAAUCAUUAAUUAUUAUUUAGACUAAUCCUUAAAUCAAGAAAUUAUUUGGUCAAAAUAUACAAUUCAAUCAAUAAUUGAGAGGUGGAUAAAUUAGAGAUCAAGCAGAAUUUGAAACUGAUAUGUAUGGAAAUAAAGCUGGAAUUUGUUAUGUCAAAGGCAAAAAAAAUAAAAAAACUAAUGAUUGGGAAAUUGAUACUAUUGAUAUUGCAAUCAAAGAUGCUUAAGGUAUUAUCAAUCAAAAAAUUAGAAUACUUGGUUGAUUCUGUAUUUCAUAUUAUAUUAAAAUUAAUUAUUUUUAUCAUUAUUAAAAUUAAAAUUUGUGAUGAAAAUCAAUUGGCUCAUGAAUUAACUUAUAUUUAAUAUAAGCUAUAUUGA